AUGGUGGGCGGGCUGCCGGUUAAGGGGCUGCACGGAGCCGUUAGGCAAGUAUAUCAGGGGAAGUUUAUCGACCGGUUUCCUGAGCUCCCCACAGCUGGAAAGUUGAUACCAAUUGGAGAAACUGCUGCCACUUGUCUUAUUGAUAUCCUACCCAGACCAGUUACUCCACCUGUUGUAAAAAAGUUUCGAAACACCAGCAAUCCUCCUACAGGUAGAGAAAGAGUAUUUUAUGGCCGAGCAAAUGAUCCUGAUAUUGCAUCAUAUUUGACUCAUGGAAUAAAAUCCAUCACUUCUGAGAAUGUAUCGUUAUUAGCAAAUCCACCUCCUAAAACAGGCUUCCAACAAAAAAUUAAAAAGAAGAAAGAAUCUGUCUACUUAAGCAGCCGUGAAGCUCCUCUUGGGAAAUCCCAUGAUCAGUCACUACGAUUGCCUAAAGGAUUGGAUGUGAAUCAUACUCGAUUUGGAGUAUCAAUCAAAAGAGACACUUCUGCUGAAGAAGUUAUAAAUCCCCCAAAGACAUUUGAUGAAGUCCAAAAAGAAGCACAGGAGGGACAUGAACUGUAUGUUUUGACACACAAUGAUUAUUAUGUUGGAGAGACAGUGAAUAGAAAAUAUAACCCAUCUACAUUCAACAGAUUUAAUCUUUAUGGUAAAGAAACACCACAUUUUAAUGAUGGUCGGAAUAUUGGCAGAACCUUACGCUGGCUCCAUGACCUCCAAAUGAAGAAAUCAGCACAAAUUGUGUCAAAAAUAAGUGAUGAUUUCAAGGAAAAGUUUCAGCCUCAGGUUGGAAAAGUUCAUGAUCCCAUAGCAGAUACGCUUAAUGUUCCUCCAGACCACACAUUUGGAAUACUCAUUCAUCCUGAUGAAUACGGUGUUGGGGACCUUCUUCAUAACCGGCUUCCGAGUGAGUAUCUUAAGGGUAAAGACAGAGAACGGGCUGUCUUUACUGCAAUUCGACAAAAUUUGAAAAAGGCAAAUUACCACAACUUUGAUACUUUAUUGCACGCAUUCCGCCAUUAUGAUAAGGAUGGUGAUCGAAAAAUAAGCAGAGAAGACUUGAAAAAGGCCUGCUUUCAGCUUAAUUUGGACUUGGAUGAUGAACUUCUGGAUUCUUUAUUUAAUUACUGUGAUUUGGAUAAAGAUGGUUUUAUAAACUAUCUGGAGUUUGUAAAUUUUCUUAACUGGAAAGACAAAAUGGCUAUUCAGGAGUAUGAAGAAAAAAUAAUAACAAAAGGGAAAAGACCAGGUCCUUCUGAUCUUAUUCCACCAAAUGAUUCAGAAAUUAAAGCUGAUGAAAAUGCUUUGCUAAAGCCAGAUGAUAUUGUACUUAUGGAACCAGGAAGUUUAGAAAAAACAGCUAGAACACUGUCAAGACCAACAGAUUGUGUAUUUUCUGAUUAUCGCACAACCUCGUCUCAAUAUAAUGCGGUUGUAGGUGGCAUUCCUUCAUCAUUUUACCCCCUAUAUGGUGUUCCAACCAUUCGUUCAGAUAUUCCUGCCCCUCGUUUUCGCCGCAUCAGUGACAACACUAAUUAUGGAGAUCAAGCAACUGCAUAUGCACUGUUAUACCCCUCUGUCUGUAAUAAUAAAGGAGUGUAUGAGAAAGACUUCUUCAAGAUAAGAUCAAAAGAAGAGAUUGCAGCGAUUUUGCACAACAUUGGUGUGAAACUUUCAGAGGAAAGCUUUGAUGAAGUAUGGAGGCAGGCCUGCCUGAAAGAUCACAGAGGAAAUGUUUGUGUAGAAUCCAUCAGAAAUAUACUGGAUGAGAUGCAGGCAUUACACAUGACAAAAUGA